AUGUCAGACUUGUUGGCCAGGACAUCCGUCUCUGAAGCGAAGGCUUUGAAGGAAAAGCACAUGAUAAAAUACAAAGAUGUGUUUGCUCGUUGUCUACAGGCUUUAACUGAACUCGUCACACAAAUUGCAGAAGACUCACGACUGUCGGGUCCUUAUGCGAUUAUUUCACAAGAAGGGCUUGAGCAGGUAUGA